GCCCCCAAUUAAAAAGGAGACAUCUGUCAGUGUAUGAUGCUCCAGAGGGGCUCCAGAGCAGUGGGGAGCAGGGAGGGCACAAACACCCCUGUGCAGUGACUCUGUGUAGCGUGACUCUCACUCUGAGGAAGGACAGCAUGGCUACAGCGACUGAGUCUUUGGUGGGAAGCAGCAGGUCUCUGUCUGCAGCCAGGAGACACAAAAGUAUCAGGAAGAACUCCCGCAGGAUUUAUUCAGCCUUCCAGGACCAUCAGGGGGGCUCCUCAGACGAUGAAGACAAAGGGGAUGAGCGCGUGGACAGCAAUGACCCAGAGGAGAUGUUCCAGAACAUUCAGUACCAGAAAGAGAUCAUCGCCAACAUUCGGACCAGACCCUGGCCAAUGAGACGCAAGCUCAAAGUCCUCAAGCAGGCCAGAGAGAUAGUCCUGAAGUACGAGGGUCGACUGACCAGAACCAGAGGUUACCAGACUGCAGGUGCUGACCUGCUGAAGAAACUUUCCAGAGUGCUUUACAACAUUGUGGUUCUGUUUAUUCCCUGGGAAGUGAGGAUCAAGAAAAUCGAAAGUCACUUUGGGUCAGGUGUGGCCUCUUACUUCAUCUUCCUCCGCUGGCUGUUUGGGAUCAACAUUGUUUUAACCGUCUUCACUGGAGCCUUCAUCGUCUUGCCAGAGCUGCUGGCUGGAGCUCCAUUUGGCACAACAAGGAGUAAAACAAUCCCCAAGGAGCACCUGGCAUCAGCCCAGGACCUGGACACCAUCUGGUCUCUCGGGGGUUACCUGCAGUACUCUGUGUUGUUCUACGGUUACUACGGCAGAGACAGGAAUAUCGGCAUCGGGUACCGUUUGCCUCUCGCCUACUUCCUGGUGGGGAUGGCUGUCUUUGCCUACAGUUUCAUCAUUGUGUUAAGAAAAAUGGCCAAGAACUCUCGUCUGAGCCUGGCCAGUGCGUCAGAUGAGAACUUCACUUUCUGCUGGAGGGUUUUCUGUGCCUGGGAUUACUUGAUAGGAAACCCGGAGGCAGCAGAGAGCAAAGGAGCUGCCAUCGUCAACAACAUCAGGGAAGCCAUCGUGGAGGAGCGAAAAAAGAAGGAUACCAGUCUGGCCGUCCUGAUCAGUCUACGUAUCUUAGCCAACAUCCUGGUGCUGCUGUCGCUGGCUGGCAGCAUCUACAUCAUCUACUUUGUGGUGGACCGCUCUCAGAAACUGGAGCAGGAGAAGCCGGAGCUGACCCUGUGGGAGAAGAAUGAGGUGAGUGUUGUGGUUUCUCUCAUCACCAUGAUUGCUCCUUCUGCCUUUGAGCUGGUAGCUCAGCUUGAGAUGUACCACCCACGAACCUCGCUACGAUUCCAGCUGGCAAGAGUGCUUGUUUUAUACCUGGGGAAUCUGUACAGCCUCAUCAUUGCCCUCCUGGAUAAGGUCAACAGUAUGAGCUCUGCUAUCCCUGUGAUCCCAGGUAACUGGUCUGACUCCAGCUCCUUCCUGGCCACCAUCUCCCAGCCUGAGGUUGACAGCCUCUCCACCCUGGUUUCAGAGCUGUCUGUCUCUGACCAUCACAACAGCACCAUAGCAACCAUUGCCACGGUGUUGGACAUCACAAACAGUGCCAGGAGCAGCUCAGGGGCGGUGUCCAAUCAGACGGCAGUGUUCGAGAAGAAUACCCGCUCUCAGCAGGAUCCGUGCUGGGAGACUUACGUUGGGCAGGAGAUGCUGAAGCUGUCCAUCAUUGACAUGAUCUUCACCGUGGCCAGUAUCCUGCUCAUCGACUUCAUCAGAGGUCUGGUUGUUCGCUACCUGAGUGACUGCUGCUGCUGGGAUUUAGAGAGCAAGUUUCCUGAAUAUGGGGAGUUCAAGAUAGCGGAGAAUGUUUUGCAUCUGAUCUAUAAUCAAGGAAUGAUCUGGAUGGGAGCUUUUUUUUCACCCUGUCUUCCCGCCUUCAACGUUCUAAAGCUGAUUGGUCUGAUGUACCUCAGGAGCUGGGCUGUCCUCACAUGUAAUGUUCCCCAUCAGCAGGUGUUCAGAGCCUCCAGAUCAAAUAAUUUCUACCUGGCGAUGCUGCUCUUUAUGCUGUUUCUCUGUAUGCUGCCCACCAUCUUUGCCAUCGUGAGAUACAGACCAUCCCAGCACUGUGGACCAUUCAGCGGGCAGGAGAAGAUCUAUGACAUCAUCUCGGAAACGGUGGCCAAUGACUUCCCUCGGUGGUUCAGUGAAGUGAUGAAUUAUAUCACCAGCCCUAUCGUAGUGCUGCCAGCACUGCUGCUGCUGUUCAUGCUGAUUUACUACCUUCAGGCCAUUGCACGGUCCCUGAAAUUCACCAACAACCAGCUGAGGAUGCAGCUGCAGACUGAGCGGACUGAUGACAAGAAGAAAGUCUUCCAGUUGGCUGCAGCUAGACUGCAGGCUCCAGAGGCCGCAGCAGCAGCAGCAGCAGCAGACAAAAAGCCAGACCAGCAGGAGAGUGACAUCACCAGUCAGGAGGCGUCCAUCCACACUCCAUCUCCUCGACGCAACGGCAGCGUCACAAACUUUCAGUCUCCCGUUCGUCGUGGAAACAGCAUCCGCACCAUCACCCAGUCGGCAUCAAGAGCAGACCUGAACAGAGGUCCUGUGGCAGGAUCUGUCAGAACUCCAUCAGUGACUGCACUGCCCAAGCACAGGCCUCCACCAUUUCUUGGUGGCCCUAGCGGUACCUGCAAGUCCAAGUCCUACCAUCACAUGGCAUUCAACCCAGCAGCUUGCUGUUCUGACAACAUCCACUCUGACCCCCUCUACAGGAAGACCAAGCGCUCCAUACACCCUGUGGAGGCUGCAGGAAUCAUUGCUGCACACAGUUAUGAGGGACGGCGCGGCCACACCACCCGGUACGUCAUUGUCAACGAGCAUGAGCCUAGGAAGAAGCUGCUGCGCUCAACCACUCGGAUUCCACGUCACUACCUCAUGGAGGAGUCUGCAGUCGUAGAGCUGUAUCCACGCAACAUGAAACGUACCACCCCCCGCACAGCUCACCACCAACCACAUCCUCACAGGUCUCACCCAGUGGAGCAGCAUCUGAGUGAAGAGGAUGAGCAGGAGGAGGGCAGAGGAAGGAGAAGAACGUCACUGGGGAAGGCUCAUCGGCCCCGUUCUCUCUCUGACCUCCACCAUCAGGCACAGUUCUACAUUGGUGAGGGACACUUACCGAUGGCUAAGGGCAGCCACUCUGCUCGAGGACAACAUGGAGCGCAGGAAGUGGAUGAGGAGGAGGAUUGUGAAGGGGACUGGGGAGAUUUGGAGUCACAUCUGUUCCAGACCAGUGUGAAAGGAGCAGACUCUCUGCUUGUUCGAACCAGUCAUUCCCAGUCUCCAGGAAGACACUAUCAGUCCCCAGGGAUGACAAGGCACAUGGAGUCCUAUGUGAAGGCCAAGACAAGACCAAAGCUGGACACCCCUCUGACAGAGUCAGACUCAGUGUCUCUGGCCUCCAGCAGUGCACAGAACAGCAGCACUGACCAGUACAUACAGGUCAUUCACAACAAAGAGCGCUAUCUGAAGUCUGAAGCUAGGCAAGCAAAGCUGGCCAAGAAGAAGUCCAAAACCAGCUUUGAUCUAAAGGUGGAUGAGUCCAAUAUCUGGUCUGCUCAAAUGUUUAGAUAUGUGCUAAAUAAUGUUAAAAUACUAAAGUAUUAGUAAAAUACUUUACAGUGUUUUUGUGGUAUUAUGUCAUUUAGAAACAGACAUUAGAAACGGUGUGCUUUGUGUUUAACAAUAAAAGCAAACAACACAGACAGUAUUAAUUCAGUGUUACACCUGAAAAACAUGUAAUCACCCUUGGUUACAUGAAAUCAUAAUAAAGCCAAUCGUAUCCCACA